UUGGUCCCAACUCGCACAACCCUCGGCCCGACACUUGCCGCCCACGGUCAAACACGACCAAGCCAGCCUUUUCUGGCGCAUGUACAUGCAUAUCCUGGCUGACGGCCGUGGAUCACCACAGCCAGCAUGCUUUCGCAACCCGUCAUGUGCCCACAAAAGUAUGUACGGAACGAUCGGAAACACUUCCUCUUCCGUCCCCAAUGCGCGAGGGCCCAUCAAGCGGGUCUCAGAAUUUAGAUGGUUCCUGCUCUCAAUCCAUAUCACUAGCCUUUUUCGUGUGAAUGUUGUUUUCUUUUCGAUUCAAGUCAAACUUGUAUAUAUAUAUAUAUAUAUAUUCGCGUCCCAGAUCAUAUAGGCCACAGGGGCCCCUACCAGGUCGAUGAGCAGAAGCGGAUCAUCUGUAGCGUCUGUAGCUGUGCGUUCUACCAGUCCCAUUCUUGAUCCAAAUCGGGCCUCCUGUUGCUUCUGCCCCCGCAUCUGCUUGCGCCAGUUA